AUGCCAGCUCACCUGCAGUAUCAUUCACCAAAGAGCGAACCCAGUCCCGACUCUGCUUCCAAGUCGGUGUCUAUGUCCCCGACUGAAGGUGGCAGCCAAGGAUCGAAGACAAACAGUCGCAAGCGCAAGUCAUCAGUUGAGGACGACGACGACGACGACGACGACGACCUAGAUGGUUCGCACCCUGUCAAGAAGACGGCACAUAACAUGAUCGAGAAGAGAUAUCGCACAAAUUUGAACGACAAGAUUGCUGCUCUACGUGAUAGCGUGCCAAGUUUACGUAUUAUGACAAAAAGUUCUCGAGGAGAGGAUACUACACUAGAUAGAGAAGAAUUGCACGGUCUAACGCCAGCACAUAAGCUCAACAAGGCAACGGUCCUCAGUAAGGCAACUGAAUACAUUCGCCAUCUUGAAAAGCGCAACGGCCGCUUGAUGGAUGAAAACAGCGCUAUGCAAGCAAGAAUCGCUGCUUUCGAGAAACUCUUCUUGUCUGGCGCCUUGAACGCGCCUAUACAACAGUCACCGACUCCCGGUCAAUACUCUCACAAUAUGAUGACACGUUCCCCGCCCAUGGCCACCUCUGGUGGUCCAGAACCUGAGGGUAUGAUUGCUGUUCCCGACGAGAUGAAGCGUAUCAUUGCUGCCCAGAUGGCCGUUGGCCAGCCAUACCCAAUACCUCAACAAUCGUACAGAAGGCCAAACCCUGCUGUAGUAAGACAGCAACAGAUCCAACAGCAACAGCAGCAAAUGCAAGCUGGCGGGUGGCAGAACGCAGGCCCUUAUUUCGGCAAGUUGAUGGUCGGUUCUUUGGCCGGUCUGAUGAUUCUUGAGGCUGUUCGUGAAAGCGAGCAGAGCGAUGAUGGUACCACCGGUCGUGGCCUCUUCGCAGUACCCACUCAGCUGCUGGGUGCGCUCAUGUCUUCACUAAAUGUGAACUUCAUGGGCUACCACAUCGCCGCCGGCGAGAUCAUCUCCUCGCUCAAGUUUGUACUAUUGCUGUGCUGUUUGUGGUGGGCAAUCGUACCUUCACUGAUGAAGAGGGGUCUACCGAAGCCAGAGAAUACGAAGCAAGCAAGCUUCCUAACGUCUGCUCCUUCCCUGGCAUCGCCUAUCGAUGUAAGACGUCAAGCUUGGCUCACCGCUAUUCAGACUGUCUGGGUACCACGACACAACUUCUUCCUCGAGGCGGCUGCACUCGGCCUGAAAACCCUGAAACUCAGCAUGCGCAACUUGAUUGGCAUCAACGGAUACCAGAUGCUGACCGGUCUCACGGAAGAUCAGGAGGCUGCCCGCAUAAAGGCCUGGUCAAUCGCCCUUGAUGCCCAGCUGGCUGGUGGCGACGUUGAGAUCAACAAGAGCCGUCUAACAUUGACCCUUCUCGCUUCUGGCACACUUCCUGAUACACCUCUUCGACUCAUGCUGAAAGCCCUCCACAUCCGUGUGUUGUUGUGGGAGGUGGGUUUGAGUGGCAUGGAGCUUAGCGUGUUUGAUUCUGUUGCCUCGAAAAUGGCCAGAACCAAGUGGGAUGAGGCCAGAGGCCUGCACCGACUUGUGAAGCAGUUGCGUCGUGGGGGCCAGGAGCAACACGACGAUGAUCUUCCCGAUCACUUGGCCGUCCUUCUUGAGCAGGAUGCUGAUGAGGUGCUCAACCCAAGGGUUGUGCAGCGAGCUCACAAUCUGGCCUGGAACCGGCCAACAGAGCACAAUGCCAUUGGGGCUACGGAUGGUAUGGAUUCGGUUGUCGAUGACGCAGCCAUCCGCUCUCCGCUGGAUGCCAUUGCGGCCUGGUGGUCAAGCUUGACCCUGCAGAGUGCGCUUACAAAUAGCCUGCUGGACAGAGACGAUGAGGAUGGCGAAAUCACGCAGCUUGUCGAAGAAGGUAUCACUUUGGCAAUCAGAGCUGCCCCUGUCGGCUCUAUUGCUCAGAACCGCGCCCUUGUUGCUCGGGCUGUCCUCUUCAAGGAGAAGCGCGGUGCCAAUAUUGCCGCUGUGAUUCAAGCGACUGGUCCCUGUACAGCUCCUGCAGACUGCUGUGAUCAAUGUGAGAAGUCGGACUCAACGCCUGAGACACCUUCGAUCGAAAUCCCAGACUCUCUCGAGUCACAAGCAGAAAUUUACAUGUCUCUUCAAUGUGCAAAGGCGAUAGCUCACCUUCAGCGGUACGGACCUCCUGAUGAGCCCGUCAGUAUAUACCCUAUCAUCGACAACGAGAUCACCGUUAGCAACGAGUUAUCCUUGCUAGGCUACACUGCGGCUUUCACAUUGAUGAACCGCCUUGCGAAUCACAAUCUUGCGGCAGAAGCCUGCAGCCGUGCACUCGAAAAGCUUUCAGGUGAUCUGCGUAUAUGGAUCGGCAAGGACAACUGGCUGGAAUCCGAAGCCAAGCAGGAGAUGAUCGAGCGCUGCAUAGCUGUCACCCGCGGUAUGGUCGGCAUGGACAUUGAUACCGAUACGGGUUACGGUAGUAUGUCGGAGUCGGAACAUGGUCACAACGAUAACAACAACACCGGGUUCAGUAGCGAUUCCGAACAGUUCUCUCUCUCAUCCGCAACCGAGAGCCCGUAA